CAUAUCUACGUACCUAAACCGCGUGAAACAAUCGGUUUUUCUAUUGAAUUUGCAUGCCGGCGCAACAAGUAGUGAACCGUGACCACGAGCAACAAAGGAGAGCAGCAAAUAGUGCACGGAAGAGGACGUUGUUCUCCGAAGAUGUUUUAAAUAGAAGAGGUUUUCGAACGUAACUAUUAUCAUUCAAUUCGAAUUGAUUUCGGUAAAAAAAAGUGUCAGUAUAGAGGAAAUCAGCGACACUGCGUGGAUGAAACUCAUUCUGUUAUCAGCGAUUCGAGUGGUGAUAGCAAACUAUUAGUCAGUCACCAGUACUGUCACACCCGCCGGGCGCUCAGUGCAAUAUGGGACUUUGCUGCGGUGGUGAUCGCGUAAUCAGACACUCCGUCGACGAUGUUUUGCAUCCCUCGGAAAGUCAACCGCUGAAGUAUGAUCCGGAUUUCAAGGGACCGCUCUCGAAACGAUCCUGCACGGAUAUUCCAUGUUUGUUAUUGUUUUUCGUCUUUCUAAUAAGUUGGGGAGGCGUAGCCUACUAUGCCUUUCUCAAGGGUGACUUGGAUCGGUUGCUGGUGCCAACCGAUUCGGCUGGGCUCAAGUGCGGAGUGGACAGUGAAGUUCAGCAUGAACCGUACCUGGUGUUCUUCGACAUCACGGAGUGUGCCAAGUAUGACGUUCCACUGUACGGCUGUAAAACGCCUCAGGUAUGCGUGAAACAGUGUCCAGCCGAAGAUUUCGUUUUUCUGGCCGAUUCGUGCAAUAGCAACUCGUUGGACACCAUCCGGUCAAAGUUGAUCUGCGACCGAUUAGUUCAGAAAGACCAGCUAAGCUGCAACGACAUUCAGACUCAUAUCGAUCGAGGACGAUGUGCUAAGUAUUAUCGUAAAAGUGUUCCUUUCGCGAAGCGAUGCAUUUCCGACCUGCCGGACAGCGUGUGUCCGCGCAUUCCGUCCAAGAUUUUGAAACAGUACCAAGUAACACCGGUGGUGCCGUCCGCGGCACAGUACGGCAUUUUCGACGGCCAACAAAACAGCACCCGCCACGGUAAACAACCCUCGGCAGCGAUGCUACAGGAUUGUGCCAACCAACGGCGACUCGGCCGUCAGUUGCUGGUCGAACGGAUGACCAAGCUGCAAUCCUAUUUCGCUCGUUACGUAGACAACGUGCUGUCUCAGUUCACCAACGACACCCGGGUGCAUCAGACCGGUCAGAUGGUUGUCGAGGACAUUCUGGAAAGUUGGCGCCUAGUUAUCGUCGUUCUGGUGGCAUCCCUUCUGGCCAGUUUGAUCUUUAUCACGAUGCUUCGCUGGAUUGCGAAACCCAUGGUAUGGAUAUCGAUUCUGGGCGUGAUUGCCGCUCUCUGCUACGGAGUCUACUACAGCUACGAUCAGUAUCAGUACAUCAGCCAGCAUCCGGUGGAGAGCCACGUUAACGUAUCGCCGAACCUGAGCUCGCUUGUGCAGUCCUGGUUCAAGUCGGACAAGACGUGGCUCUGGAUAUUGGUCAUUCUGUCUAUCAUCCUGGUCGUUUUGCUGCUGGUGAUUUUGGUACUUCGCAAGCGAAUCGUUAUCGCGAUCGCCCUGGUCAAGGAGGGAAGCAAAGCCGUCAGUGCCAUCUUCUCCACUGUAUUCUUUCCGGUUAUACCGUGGGUUUUGCACAUUCUGGUCAUAGUUUUUGCGAUUACCGUGGGUCUUUAUUUGGCUUCGAUAGGUGAUCCGGUACAUCGAGUCUAUGGGUUGAAUACCUCACUCACUUGUGUUUGUGAGAAUGGUUACAAGGAUGGUGACGUGUGCAGUCCAACGACAUUCAACGAGUUCUGUCACAAUUCGGCAAUGCGCGGUGAUCGUGCUGCACGCUGUAUGGAUGCUGCUUGUCACUUUCAGGAGAUCAGUAGUCCCAAAGAGGUUGGUUAUUUUCAUGCAAUCAACGUCGUUGGUUUCUUCUGGGGAAUUUGCUUCAUAUCGGCAUUCGGCGAGAUGGUGCUAGCGUUCACCUUUGCCACCUGGUACUGGACAUUCCGUAAGAAGGAUUUACGCUUCUUCGUACUAACUACUGGAUUCCUACGAACCGUUCGCUACCAUCUCGGUACACUAGCAUUUGGAUCGCUGAUUAUCGCAAUUUGCAAAAUUAUUCGUGCCAUGCUGGAGUACAUCGAUCACAAGCUUCGCAAGUACGACAACGGGGUGGUGAAGGCCGUCCUUUGCCUGUGCAAGUGCUGCUUCUGGUGUCUGGAAAGUUUUCUUAAGUUCCUGAACACAAACGCCUACAUCAUGUGCGCCAUACAUGGGAAAAACUUUUGCUCCAGUGCGAAGGACGCGUUCAGUCUGCUGGCCAGAAAUGUGCUGCGGGUGAUCGCACUGGACAAGGUGACCGGAUUUCUGUUCUUCCUGUCGAAGCUGCUGCUGGCGUGCGGCAUGGCAGCCGUAACGUAUAGCAUAUUCGACUCAGGAAUCACUAAGCAGCUGCACUAUCCUUUCGUGCCGGCGAUCCUGGUGUUCGUCGGGACGUACGUCAUUGCGUCGGUAUUCUUCAGCGUCUACUCGGUGGCGGUGGAUACGUUGUUCCUCUGUUUCUUGGAGGACUGCGAACGUAACGACGGUACCCCGGAAAAGCCAUACUACAUGUCCAAGAGUUUAAUGAAAAUCCUGGGCAAAAAGCAAAAGGUCUCUGCCGCCCACUAAGAGGGCACGAAGGACAGACCACCACCUCUACCACCACCACCACCAC